AUGGCUAAUAUAACAGCUAUCGACCCCCUAUUUAACAAUAGUAAUAACGUGGUGAUUUCACUGGCAUUACCUAUGUCAUUUCCAUCGUCAUCGUCACCGACGUCGUCGAUUAAUGCCACGCCUUCGGCGAAGAAGAAGAGAGGCAGGCCUCCAAAAGCUGAUUCCUUAAGUAACAAGAUUACGACGACCCUCAACAUCAACGUAAACACGUCCCCGAUGUGCAAUAGUCCUACGGCAGAGAACAAUUCGAAUUUGAUUGUCAAGAGAGGUGCACCAGAUGUGUUCACGCCGUUGAUGAGGGUUUCCCCUAAUUCAAAAAGAAAGAGAAGCAAAAGCUCCAUGAGUGUGGAAUCGUCUGGAGGACAAAAGAAACCGAAAAAUGAUUUGAUGGUAACUCCUUUGUCUGGUGCUAUCAAUGGGUCGACGUUUACGCCGUACCACCUGAUCAAUUCUCAAACGUUAGACAACAUUUCGAUGAUUACCCAGUCUAAUCCCCGAGAUAGCAUUCAUUCCGAUGAGUAUGGUUCUCCACUGAUAAGAUCCCUGAGUAUGCCGUAUCACCAACCAGAUAUAUUGUCUACUCCUAGUAUUCAUAACCACAAGAAUGUUUUUCCCACUCCAACCAGUAGCGGUGCUAAAUCGAUAGUCAAUCCAUCAUAUAUGUUUUUUGGAAACGAAAACUACGUACCAGAAACAAUUGAAAAGCCAAAUAACGACGCUAAGAACUUGUUACCUCCUGUCGCUAUCACUAAGGAAAUCGUGCCAGUAAGCAAGCCACUAGUUAAUAAAAAUGAUUUUCAGCUCAAACUUACUAUUGACGACCUGGGCAAGGCAGUGCUAUCAAACGAUUUCUUUCAGUCAAAUGAUAAAAGGACUGAUGAAGCAAAGCAGUCUAAGCUGUCAAAUGAACAAUUGUUUGAGCAGAAGUUCGUUGAAAGCCCUAUAAAGGAAAUGGACUUCGCAAGAGUAGAUUCCACCAUUGGCCUCGAGACCAACCAUGUUCCUCAAAAAUACAAGAAAUCCACUAUUAGUUCUAAUGGCAGCGAUGGCGAUAAGCUGGUGUCACAUCCAGGUACUUUGAGAAGACAUCAUUCGGACAUCACUGGUGUUUCAUCCAAUGCACUCAACUCUGCGUCUACACUAAUGUCUAUUAAUGAGUGUUCAAAUGACUCUCUAUCAGAAAAGACUCAUUCGCAAUUACCUCAAACUCCUAAACAGAAGGACAACUACUAUAUUUCUACUGGGUUGACACCUUCCAACCUAAACUUUAACUUGACUCCAAACUUCAAUUCGAUGAUGUACUCCAUCAUGAACAUCAAUUCGCCACAACAGAAGAAGACCACCAAUAAUUCGCAGUUCUUAUCAAACCAAGAGUUCUUCAUGAACGGCGUCUCUGGUGGCCAUCAACCUCAAUCUCCCCAGCAGCCUCAGCUUCAAAACACGGUAUGCAUGACCAAUCUCAUGAGUAAUGGUUCCAAACCUAAGAGAUCUCUUGAAAGCGCGUUACCCCCUUCAUCUCUGACUCCAUCGUCAGCAUCGUCUGCGUCUGACGAUUCUGGUGAUGCCAGACUAGCGUUGAAGAAAAUUAUCCAAAUUAAGAAAAAAUAA